CUCUGUGACAGAUGUGCUCGCACAGUCGCUCUCAGUACCACCAGGCUGAGCGAUACGAUGGUUAGAAAUUGGGCAUCUUGCAAUUCCUCAGUAGGAGCUGCUAGCUGCGUGGAUGAUCAUACCUUUGUUUCCUCAUUUUUUUUUCUUAAUGGAAUACAUAUUAAAAAUAAAAUGACUUAAUAAAGAAAGAGAAACUGGGGAUGGAAAGGGCUUCUUUGUUCUGUCUUCUCCAGAACGUUACAAGUCUAAGAGCUCAGGACAAGAGCAGCAGAAAUACAUGCAACAUGGUGACUGGAACCCUGAGGACCUUGCAAUAUGAAUAAUUCUCUGGAGAACACCAUUUCCUUUGAAGAAUACAUCCGUGUGAAGGCACGAACGAUCCCCCAGCACAGGAUGAAGGAGUUUCUAGACUCCCUUGCUUCCAAGGGGCCAGAAGCUCUCCAGGAGUUUCAACAGACAGCCACCACCACAAUGGUGUAUCAGCAGGGUGGCAACUGUAUUUACACGGACAGCACAGAGGUGGCUGGGUCUUUGCUUGAACUUGCUUGUCCUGUGACAACCAGUAUCCAGCAACAAACUCAGCCAGAGCAGCAGAUACAGGUUCAGCAACCCCAGCAAGUCCAGGUUCAGGUCCAGGUCCAGCAGUCACCGCAGCAGGUCUCUGCCCAGCAGCUCUCUCCACAGCUCUCUGUCCAUCAGGCUUCGGAGCAGCCAAUACAGGUCCAAGUGCAGAUCCAAGGCCAGGCACAGCAGCAGGCAUCCCAGACAAUACAGAGUCAGUCUCUUCAGAGCCCCAGCCCAUCGCAGCUGCAGGCAGCUCAGAUCCAAGUGCAGCACGUGCAGACUGCCCAGCAGAUCCAGGCUGCAGAGCUACAGGAGGAACACAUACAGCACCAGCAGAUCCAGGCUCAGCUUGUGGCAGGACAGGCCAUUACUGGUGGCCAGCAGAUCCAGAUCCAGACAGUCGGGGCACUGUCACCCCCACCUUCUCAACAAGGCUCCCCGCGAGAGGGAGAGAGGCGGAUUAGCUCUGCGAGUGUCCUUCAGCCAGUGAAGAAACGUAAAGUGGAUAUGCCUAUUACUGUAUCGUAUGCUAUUUCAGGGCAGCCAGUUGCCACAGUGCUGGCCAUUCCUCAGGGCCAGCAGCAAAGUUACGUCUCUUUAAGGCCAGACUUGUUAACAGUGGACAGUGCCCACCUGUACAGUGCCACUGGGACCAUUACUAGCCCCACUGGAGAGACGUGGACCAUCCCUGUUUACUCUGCUCAGCCACGUGGUGACCUUCAGCAGCAAAACAUAACCCACAUUGCCAUCCCUCAGGAGGCCUACAAUGCCGUCCACGUCAGUGGCUCACCCACAACACUGGCUACAGUGAAGCUGGAAGAUGACAAGGAUAAGAUGGUGGGAAGUACUUCAGUAGUGAAGAACUCUCACGAGGAAGUGGUGCAGACUCUUGCUAACUCGAUCUUUCCAGCACAGUUUAUGAAUGGCAACAUCCACAUUCCAGUGGCAGUGCAGGCUGUGGCAGGGACAUACCAGAAUACAGCACAGACAGUGCACAUAUGGGACCCACAGCAGCAACAGCAGCAGCCCACAUCCCAAGAGCAGGGGCAGCAGCAGCAGCUACAAGUCACUUGCUCAGCUCAAACUGUUCAGGUUGCUGAAGUUGAACCACAGCCACAGCCGCAGACUUCACCUGAACUUCUACUUCCAAACUCUCUGAAGCCAGAAGAAGGUCUUGAAGUGUGGAAAAGCUGGGCACAGACCAAGAAUGCAGAGCUGGAAAAAGAAGCCCAAAAUAGACUAGCACCUAUUGGAAGGCGUCAGCUGCUGAGGUUCCAGGAAGAUCUCAUCUCUUCAGCUGUGGCUGAGCUGAAUUAUGGUCUGUGCUUAAUGACACGAGAAGCUCGGAAUGGUGAUGGUGAACCCUAUGAUCCAGAUGUGCUCUACUAUAUCUUCCUGUGUAUUCAGAAGUAUCUCUUUGAAAAUGGCCGAGUCGAUGACAUCUUCUCAGAUCUCUACUAUAUUCGGUUCACUGAAUGGCUGCAUGAAGUUCUUAAGGACAUACAGCCUCGUGUUUCACCUCUUGGUUACAUCCUCUCCAGUCAUGUAACAGAAGAGAUGCUGUGGGAGUGUAAGCAGCUUGGAGCUCACUCCCCUUCCACCUUGCUCACUACACUGAUGUUUUUUAAUACAAAAUACUUCCUGUUGAAAACAGUAGACCAGCACAUGAAGCUGGCCUUCUCCAAGGUGCUGAGGCAGACCAAGAAGAACCCUUCUAAUCCCAAGGAUAAAAGCACGAGUAUCCGCUAUAUGAAGGCUCCAGGCAUGCACCAGACAGGACAGAAAGUUACAGAUGACAUGUAUGCAGAGCAGACCGAGAAUCCAGAGAACCCCCUGAGGUGUCCGAUAAAGCUGUAUGACUUCUACCUCUUCAAAUGCCCCCAGAGUGUGAAAGGCCGGAAUGACACAUUUUACUUGACACCGGAACCAGUGGUGGCCCCCAACAGCCCUAUCUGGUAUUCCAUCCAGCCGAUCAGCAGAGAGCAGAUGGAGCAGAUGCUCACCCGGAUCCUGGUGAUACGAGAGAUUCAGGAAGCUCUUGCCGUGGCUAAUGCCAGCACCAUGCACUAAGGCAUCCUUCGUGGCUCAGAUGGGGUGGGGCAGGGUGAUGGGGGAGGGACAAGCAAAGAGAAAUUGUACAGACUUUUACACUAAAGGAGAUGCCUAAGUUUUUGGUUUUUUAUGGUGUAGUUAUGAAGCCCUUUUAGGCUUCUUCUCUUUAAAAGAAUCUAAAGGAAAACCUACCCAUUGUGUAUCCUACCCAACACACCAAACUGUUGGAACCAUUGGAGGCUGCAUAUCCCCUGCGAGCUGGGAGCUGUGGAGAGCUGCUGGUUGACUCUGGGCUUUUUUUAUGAUGUAGAAAACCUGAACUACAGGAUUGGCCUGGUUGGCUGGGGCCUCUGUCUCCUUGGAGCACGUGCAGCCUAGAGGGCACAGAAUGAUGGAUGGACCUGCUCAGCCAGUGGAGGAGAGGCAGGCAUCUUCUUUUCUUGUGCUUGGACAUUAAUUUGCUGUUAUCUUGGAAGAAAGAGGAGAGAGUGAACUGCAAUUAUGAUUUAUACAAAAAAACAAACCAACAAUUUCUAUUCAGACCUUUAAGUGACAUUUUUAGAUGUUAAAAGUACAAACUUUACCACACUCUUCUUUUUUGGCCUAACAUUGAGGCCUUAAAGCUUGAGGCUUCUGUGCCUGAUGGAAUUCUUGUAACAUACACUUGUGUAUCAUAUAAAGAUACCACCCUGUUUCUCUUAUGUAUUCUUACUCUAGUUGUUUAUUAAGAAUGACGAGCACGUCUUUUCAACAUGCCAUUGAACAAUGUGUCUUUAUUUGGGGAAGAGUGAGCUGUGAGGGUGGGGGGGUCAUUAUACAAAGAUCAGUAUGCAAACUGGUUGUUUUCAUCCCUGUUCAUGCUUUCCAGCUCAACUCUGCUGGAUUUCUUUCACCCUACAAUUUAUGACGGUAGACGGGCAUACACUUCUGUAGAAAGACCUGAAUGUCUGCUUGCUGAUGGAAGCUCAGUGCCAGGCUAGGAACAUGCAAUCUGUGAGACCAGAUCAGACUGUCCUAAUGUUCUGUAGCUUUACCCCUAGGCAAAUCCCCCUCUUUCCACCUUUUCAAAUGCAUCACAACAACAGCGUGAUGGAGAAGUAGUGGAGGGAAAAGGCCUUCCAGGAGCAGCAUAUGGCUUACUCCUGCUGUUUAACAGCCUUUUCACAGUUUUUAACACAGCUGUGUAGCUUUUGGCAUCGUUCAUGAUCAUAAUCCCCAGCCCUGUAGCUUUGCCUUGCUGCAUCUUAAAUGGUUGCUGUAUUUUAUAUCAUUAACAAAUAGUCUGCUCUUUUGAAGCCAGCAGGUAGCCAACUGUGCUUGAAAUGGGAGAUCACUUGCCAGGCUUGUUACUUGUGCCACCAGCUUCUUGGAUGCAGAGAAAUUACUCUGCUUCUUGAACUUGUCUUCCCUGCUUCUCCCCCUCAUGUUCCUUCCCUGUUCCAAAAUACACAGAUAAAUAUUUAGAUAUAUAUUACAGUAAAAGAACUUAAACUUGUGUACAGGCAAGCAACUUCCCUGAAGCCUCUGUUGUCCAGCACCUAUCUGUAUUGAGAAGGAAGGUCUGCCCUCUCUGUUGGUUGUGCAGGAGUGUAAAUUGAUGAGAGUAGCCAAUGUUCCCUGUCUUUGUGCUUGUGAGCAGUGUUGAGGUGUGCAGCUUAGAGAGACUUCCCAAGCCCCUGAUGCUUCAUAUUGAUGUUGGUGUUCCUGAGGAAGCAGGUGUGCGUGAGUUAGUGUCAGUAUGAGCAGUUUGUUCCCUCUACAUGACUUUGUGCUCAAGUAGGUGCGUGCAGAGAGGUGAAGUAGCAAUGCACUUUUGUUUUGUUUUAGACUCUUAGCUCAGUGUCUGCCCUCAGAACUAGGCCAGAGGAAAACAGCCUGGGAUCACUGCCCAGAUCUAGUGGGUAAGCUGGGAAGACAGUGCCUAGGGUGGGUGUAGUGCUGGCAGCAAGUACUGUGACCUCAGUUUGUCUGCUGGGAGCCAGCAGUUGCCCCAUUGUAGGGUGGCUCUGGGGAUCACCAGUACUGCUUCAGCUGUCAGAAACUUCUGAUCCUUUCACCAUUGACAGGAACUUUAGCUGAGCUUUCUGGGGAAACAAAAUUCCAUGUUACCUUAAAAUCCUAGGUUGUGCACUUUCCUUAUUACUCUUAAACACAAAAUGAUGUCAAGUCUUUGUAGGGGGAAGAGUUCUCCUUGGAGGAUACUGGUUAAGAACAGGGAAACUAGGCACACGGUGAGCUGUGGAGGUCUCCUGAUGCUUGGUUUUGUCCUGAUGGACUGGAGCGUUUCCAUUUCUUUCUCAUUGUCUGCAUGUACAUAGGAGAGGAUCUGCUGAUGCAGAAGUGGACUGCUGCACUGUUCUGUACUGUCUCAUCAGAAUGUCCACUGUGUUCACUUCAUUCCCUAUUUUUAGAGACAAUCGAUAUACUGUGACUUAAGGAUUAUUUUCCUGGAUCUGGCUUCUAGUCUGUCUCUCUGGAGCUAGUUUAAAAGGUACAGUAUUUCUAGAAUAUAAAUACUAUGUUCUUUGAUAGUGAAGAACAUGAUCUGCUCCCUUGUAGGGGCUCGUAGGAAGACAUGCACAGAAGAGUGCUGUGGCUUAGGGUUGCUGUCCACAUUCUGGGAAAUUUCCCCAGUCAAACUACAUGUAAAAUAGCUUUUUAACACUUUCCUGUAACCAGCUAGACUGCUGCUUAAAGGGCAUUCCCCCUUGGCUCUGAGAGUGCCAAACUGCUUGUACUGCUCUUGUAUGCGUGUAUAUAUUGACAGGAACUCUCCGUGCCCUAUGCCUUGUACGAGACAGGCUCAAAAUGCAUCAAUCUCUAAAUAAAUAGAGCUGAGAAGUCGAGCUGGAGACUGUGUGUUGUUGAUUUUGAACUGUGCCCAUCUUGUCACUGUGGUAUGAAAGGAACCAUAGAAAGCAGAGACUGACUGACUGUUGUAAAGCACCUCACAUUCUGACAUGAGACUCAUGUAUUGUCCAAGCUCUUGACAUUUAACAGUGAUGCUUUCUUUAGGAAACUUAUAGCCUCUUACAAGUGUCCACAGCACCAUUAGAUUUUCAUUUGCUUUCAAGAGGUCAAGCAUUUCCUCUUUAAGUGGUAAUGGCUGAAGCAGUGGAGAGCAGACUAGAGUGGUUCUUCACUCCUGUCUAAAGCAGUUUAUAAAGGGAAUGGUCUAAGAACUUCAUUGGGCUCUCACCUGUUGGCUGCCUCUCCCAUAGAGGUCUGGACUUCAGAGGGGCCACAAGAUCUGAAGUAGUUCCUAAACUGUUCUGCCUUGAACAAUACAAAAGGACACAAUCUGAUUUCUAAAUAAAACCCUCUUCUGCACUGUUGCUGCUAGGGCAGAAAUUAAGACAGUCUUGUUCUCGGCUGCAUCAGGGCUACUGUCUGCCUUGGCAUACAUAGAAGGAAUGAGGCCUCGAAUACUCCUAUGCUGUGAUAAGAGCAGAUCCAGAAAUGGUAGAAAAGAGCCUCCUGAGUGUACAGGGGGUGGAGGAUCGCUGGUACUGUAGUUGCUUAUCCUCUUGCUGGACUGAGUGCUGCUGGACACUGAAUGGCUGUGCAGCUGUCCAGCCAAACCACAUUCUUAGGCAAGUUUAAUACUGACUGACUUGGGGUUAGUGCUUGGACUCUUAAAUCACUGUUAAAGUGGGAUAUCAACUGUCUUCCACCCUAUAUGGGGCUUUUCUCCCCAUCUUAUUGCUGGAGCUGCUCCUCUCAAACAUUACAGGGAAUGCACCUUAUCCUGAUGAUUCAGCCUCUUCUGUUUCGUUGGUGCCAAUGCUUAGGAAAGAGCCCUUCUUCGCUUAUACCUCUUCCUACCUUAAGGAACAUCUCAAUUCUUCCAGAAGUCUUGCUGACACGCUUCCCCCAAAUCUCUGAAGCGAUUGCUGUAUCCCUGCUUGUUGGUUUCCUUUGCUGCGUGGCUGAAGCUCUGCUCUUAGCACUGCAGUCACGUUCCCUGUAACCUUGUGCAUGGCAGACACGUUUGCCUGCUUCUCCUUUGGCAUUGGAGCUCAUCAGAAAGGGAAGGCAGAUUAAACCCACUUUCAGCAGCAAUAAACCAUGUCUAGAGCUCGAGGGAACUGCAGGAGAGAAUGAGGUGGAGGGGAUGUCUCAAAAAGGCAGGGUCCACUUGCAGCCCAAAACCUCGCUUGAUAAUGAGUGUGCAGCCUAUAUGCAAAAUACAUCUUGUCUGUCCCUCCUGUGUUGACCCAGGUCUAAACAGCACAUGUGAUUGGCAUCCUGCAAAGUGACCUUCAGAACUCUCCAGUAGCUUUGCCCCGUGAGUAACUCACACUACAAAUCAUUUUAAAGAGAUGCACUCAACUAUUUUUUUAAUUUAAUUUUACUCUUAUAUUCUCUGCUCUUUGUAAUCUGCUUGGAAAUAAAAUGUUUUUCCCUGCA